AUGGCCCUGUAUCACGACUCUGAUUGCGACAACGACGAUCAUGAUUUAGAUGAGAUGUUUCCCGUCCUAUACAAUCACGGUUCGGCUGCCCAGGAGCCCACUCAGCAACACACUCACAUGUCUGUCGAUGCCAGCUCUCCGUCAUCGCUCCGUCCUACACCACUCAGUCCCGCAGCGACCGGCGUCGCAUCUCGUCCAAUCAAGCCACUCCCCUCUCGCGUCAACGCCAAUCAGCUCAUGCAAGCGAGUCUCACGACAUUCUUCAAGAUCAUCACACCUGAGGAGGCGGAGAAGCGAAGGUUGGCUACUAAGAUUGAUUGGGAGGCAAAGAGGGAAAGGAUGGAAUUUGCGAGGCGAGAGGCGAAUCUUGACGAGAUGCGGAAGAAGACACGGACCAGGGAAAGGGAGCGUCAAAAGAAGCGGAGGUGUCGCCAGCGCAAGAAGGAAAAGAAGGUGGCAAGCAAGACGACUCCGACAAUCGGGAACACCGCCGUGACUAUAAACAACCCCUCAGUCGUCAUUUUCGCAGAGGCUUCACGACCUUCUCGCCAAUUCAAGGAGCUCGGACAGUCGAAGAAGAAGAAGACAGGACGUAAGCGCAAACAUGGGGCUACCGAUGUCAUCCAAGGUAAUGGUCAACCUCCUCCACGCUCGUAA